GGCGCCCCUCUCCACCCCGCGCUGCCCUCGGCCGCUGACAUGUGUGCCGCCGGGAUGCCGCUCCUGUCGCACAUCUUCCGAGGGACGUUCGUCCACUCCACCUGGACCUGCCCCAUGGAGGUGCUGCGGGAUCACCUCCUGGGAGUGAGCGACAGCGGCAAAAUAGUGUUUUUAGAAGAAGCAUCUCAACAAGAAAAGCUGGCCAAAGAAUGGGGUUUCAAGCCAUGUGACAUAAGAGAACUGAGCCAACAUGAGUUCUUCAUGCCUGGGCUGGUUGAUACACACAUCCAUGCCGCUCAGUAUUCCUUUGCUGGGAGUAACGUAGACCUGCCGCUUCUGCAGUGGCUGACCAAGUACACGUUUCCUACAGAACUCAAGUUCCAGAACUUGGACUUUGCUGAAGAAGUAUAUACCAGAGUUGUCAGGAGAACACUGAAGAAUGGAACAACCACAGCUUGUUACUUUACAACAAUUUACACUGACUCAUCCUUGCUCCUUGCGGAAAUUACAGAUAAAUUUGGGCAGCGGGCCUUUGUGGGCAAAGUCUGCAUGGAUAUGAAUGACACAGUUCCAGAAUACAAGGAAACCACUGAGGAAUCAAUCAAGGAAACGGAGAGAUUCGUGUCAGAAAUGCUCCAAAGGAACUAUUCUAGAGUGAAGCCCAUAGUGACACCACGCUUUGCCCUCUCCUGCUCUGAGACGAUGCUGGCCGAUCUUGGAAACAUCGCGAAGACCCGCGAUCUGCACAUUCAGAGCCAUAUAAGUGAAAAUCUUGAUGAAGUUGAAGCUGUGAAACAGUUAUUCCCCAGUUAUAAAAACUAUACAGAUGUGUAUGAUAAAAACAAUCUUCUAACAAAUAAGACAGUGAUGGCACAUGGCUGCUACCUUUCCGCAGAAGAACUGGAUGUUUUCAGGGAACGAGGAGCAUCGAUCGCACAUUGUCCCAAUUCUAACUUAUCGCUCAGCAGCGGCUUACUCAAUGUGCUAGAAGUGCUGAAACAUGAAGUGAAAAUAGGGCUGGGCACAGAUGUGGCUGGUGGUUAUUCACCCUCCAUACUUGAUGCAAUCAGAAGAGCAGUGAUGGUUUCCAAUACCCUUUCAUUUACUAAGGUAAAUGAGAGAAGCCUCACCCUCAAAGAGGUAUUCAGACUAGCGACUCUCGGAGGCAGCCAAGCCCUGGGGCUUGACAAAGAAAUUGGAAACUUUGAAGUGGGCAAGGAAUUUGAUGCCCUCUUGAUCAACCCCAAAGCAUCUGAUUCUCCCAUUGACCUGUUUUCUGGGGAUUUUGUUGGUGACGCUUUUAUCCAGAAGUUUCUCUACCUAGGAGAUGACCGAAACAUUGAGGAGGUUUAUGUGGGCGGAAAGCAGGUGGUUCCCUUUUCGAGCUCAGUCUAAGAUCCUCGGCGUCUCCAAGUUCUCCUGCAUAGUGUGGUUCUGCGCCGCCUUAUGCCCAGGCAGAGUUAGAACGUCAAAAAAUAGUACCUUGUUCUUGGGAUGACUGUCUCUUUGUAUGCUUACUUACAGUGCUCACUUGACAAAUCGGAGGAAGUUGCGCUAAUUCUCAACUCUCUGGUUGGGAGGAUUCCAAAUGUAUCCCUUCUGAGCUGUUCAGAUGUACUUUAAGCUCAAAUAUAAGAGAAUGUUCUGACUAGUGGUGUUCUUGUUAUGAGAUUUAAGUAAAAUCUACCUAAUAUUUGGAAAUGUGAAGAGGAAAGAUAUUCCUGUGAGGUUUGAGAUUUUGAGCUAGUAAAUGUGAAAAUUGGAUCUGGAAAAUAAACCAGUGAAUAUAUUUUUGAGGGAGAAAAAGACUACAAACAUUGGAAAAUCCUUUUUAGAUUGCUCGACAGUUAUAUACAGAGCUUACUCAUUUAAAAAGAGAACUCAUUGAGAUGUGAAACGUGUUUCUAGGCUGACUUUGUGUUCUGGAAAUUUGCACUUAAUGGGAUUUGCAUUUCAGAGACCUGUUAUUGUUGUGCUUUGCCUUCUUUGGGGAUGAAUUGUCAGAAAUUGAAUGCCACGUGCUUUCUUCAUAUAGUUCUGUGCUUCAAAGUGUUUGACAGAAGUUGGGUAGUAAAGUUUUAAAGUCUCUUAGGAAUAGUAUUCGCAUAACUGCGUGGCAUAAAUAGUUGUAUUUUUGUGUCCUUGAAGUCACCUUAAUGUGUAACUGGGUGAUGCUGUCACUGCUUCAGUUUUAUUAGAAGAGAAACAAAUUCCACGCUCCGCUGUUGGGUAGACUGAAGUCUUCAUAAAUUGGGGACAAGUGCUGGGCACUCCCGCUGUCAAUACUGAAAGGAAGGGUUUCAUUGCCAUGACCUCGUCUCCCCAAGGACUAUGCCAGUGAUGGCGAACCU